AUGCCUAGCGGCAAGAAGAAGGACCAGGACAAGAAGAAGGAGAAGCCUAAGUACGAGCCUCCUGUCCAGACAAAGACCUUUGGAAGAAAGAAACGCAAGGGAUCAGACAACAUCGCCAAGUUACCCUCUGUGCUGCCGAACACGCGGUGCAAGCUCAAAUUGCUCAAGCUCGAGCGGAUCAAGGACCACCUGUUGCUUGAGGAAGAGUUCGUCACCAACCAGGAGAUUUUGCAGCCUACGGAACAGAAACAAGCAGAGGAGAGAGAAAAGAUUGACGACAUCAGAGGAACGCCAAUGUCGAUUGGAACGCUUGAGGAGAUCAUUGACGAUGACCACGCCAUCGUGUCGUCUUCCAGCGGUCCCGAGUACUACGUGUCGAUCCUCUCGUUUGUGGACAAGGGACUUCUAGAGCCAGGAUGUCAAGUGCUUUUGCAUCACAAGACCGUCUCCAUCGUGGGAGUCUUGCAAGAUGAGGCAGAUCCUAUGGUGCACGUGAUGAAGAUGGACAAGUCGCCGACCGAGUCGUAUGCAGACAUUGGAGGAUUAGAGUCGCAGAUCCAGGAGAUCAAGGAGGCCGUCGAGCUGCCGCUUACACAUCCAGAAUUGUACGAGGAAAUGGGUAUCAAGCCGCCAAAGGGCGUGAUAUUGUACGGUGCGCCAGGUACAGGAAAAACGUUGCUGGCCAAGGCAGUGGCGAACCAGACGAGUGCGUCGUUCCUCAGAAUCGUUGGUUCCGAGCUGAUCCAGAAGUAUCUGGGAGACGGCCCGCGCAUGUGCAGACAGCUGUUCAAAGUGGCGAGCGAGAACGCUCCUUCUAUUGUGUUCAUCGACGAGAUCGACGCGAUCGGCUCAAAGAGAUACGAGUCCUCGUCGGGAGGCGAGAGAGAGGUCCAGCGUACGAUGCUGGAGCUUCUGAACCAGCUGGACGGGUUCGACGACCGGGGCGACGUCAAGGUGAUCAUGGCUACAAACAAAAUCGAGAGUCUGGACCCUGCGCUGAUCAGGCCGGGCAGAAUCGACAGGAAGAUACUGUUCGAGAACCCGGACCCUGCUACGAAAAAGAAGAUCCUGACCAUCCACACCUCCAAGAUGAACAUCGCGCCCGACGUGGACCUAGACACACUGAUCAACACCAAAGAAGACUUUUCCGGUGCAGACAUCAAAGCCAUCUGUACGGAGGCCGGGUUGCUGGCUUUGCGUGAAAGACGGAUGCAGGUGAUAGCCGAGGACUUCAAGCAGGCCAAGGAGCGUGUUCUGAAGAACAAGAUCGAGGAGAACCUCGAAGGCUUGUAUUUGUAG